ACAAAGACAUAAACCAUGGCGAAGCAAAAGAAAAAGAAGGAGAAGAAAAAAAAGGGCUCCUCGCUGACAUCCAAAGAACCUCGAACUUAUUUUCCAGAAGCUCUGUUAGCAUAUCAAAUUCAGAUAAAGGACGAGAUCAUCGAACAGCUUCUGUAUGAAAUAAAAAGCUUGGAAGCACAGAAUGACAGAAACAAAGAAAGGAAUCAGCACUUAAAGGAAGAACAAAUUUCGCACAUCCGAGCACUCCUCAGCAGCCUGAAAGAACAGGAGAAGGCACUGGAGAAAAUUGAAAUUGUUACCAGGGAUGAUGUAGAGAAAGCCAUGAAGGACAAGUGGCAAUAUGUUAAGGAUCAGGAAAAACUUAUUAAAGACAUGCGCUGCCAGAUACAUUAUAUUGAACAAAAACUUCUGCAGAAACAAGCAGAGAUGGAUUACUGGCUGGCAUACAAAAAUGUGGGGAGCACCGAACAUGCCAAACAGAUUGAAUUCCUGGAACAGGACAUCAAGAAACUGAAAGAAGAUCUUGAAGAAAUGACAGAAUUUUUCAGGGUUUCUCUAGAAGAAACAAAGGAAAAAAUUGACAAAUACACUCUGAAACAAAUGGAGCUCAAGAAGGAAUGGGCCACUGAGAAUGCUGUUAAGCAUAUUGACAAGAUCAGCUGUCGGGAGAUUAAAGAAUAUGAGUGGCUAAAAGAAGAGGUUGCAGCUUACCGAAAGGAAGUGAAUGAAUUGGAAGCCUCUGUUCACGAACUAGAGAAGGAAAAUAUCUAUCUCAUCGACAAACUCUUUGAACGUAGACUACAGUAUCUUAAAGUACCCAGGAAGUUAUUCCUUACACAGGGAGCUGGCCUGCAGGUUCUUGAGAAAGACAAGGAACAGGAUGACAGUGCUGGAGCAGAGGUCGAGGCUGACAGUGGAUCCUCAGUAUCUGAGAUCAUUGUUGCUGUAGAUCAGCAAGGAAGUCAGGAGGCAACGGAACCAGUGUUAAGAGACCAAUUUGAAGUUAUUUAUCUGCAAAAAGAUUUAUCCGAUCAGUGUCUCCCCCCCAUCCUGUAUGAAGACAUAAACGAUUUCAAGGAGUACAAGGAUUUGGGGUCUUUGGAGGUGAAAUUAAUGAGCGCCGUGGGCCAAGCUAUGCCAAUUCAUGAAGAUGCCAGAGAAAUGCCAAGCAAAACAAAACUGGAAGAAAAAUGUGACACCAGCAGGCCACCCCACCACAUCACCUACCGGAUGAUCAAAUCCGUAUUUCCUUAAAGGGGAGGAAGGUAGAAACUAGGAUUUUAUUUUAUUUUAAAAAAAUAGGAUUUAGGUUGUUGGGGCUCUUUCCCCACCAUGAGUGACACUUGCAGCCAACUUUCAUAUUAAAACAUUAAAAUUGGAUAUAUUUACAAGAA